GCAGGUAAUGAGCAGCAGAGUAAGAAAUAUGAGGAACCACCUGUGAUGUCAGUGGAAAUUAUGGAGCCUUGCAUUGAAAAAGAGGAGUUUGGAGCUGAAAAUGAACUGAAAAGAAAAAGGGGAAACCAAACGAAAAAUGGAAAGAACAACUCCUCUGCCUCUCAGGAUGACGAACUUUCUGAACAUCUGACUUCAGGCUCAGAUCAAGAAGAGUGUCCUGUCUGUGGGAGAAUAUGCAAGUGUAACUCACAAUUAAACACACACUUCAGCGUUCACAUGGGAGACAGAGCAUACAAAUGCAUGGAAUGUGGGAAGAGCUUCAGUCAGAGUGGAAAUCUACAUUCACAUCAAAGAACACACAUAGGAGAGAAACCAUAUCAAUGCAUGGAAUGCGGGAAGAGCUUCAGCAGCAGUGGAACUCUAUGUAACCAUCAAAAGACCCACACAGGGGAGAAACCAUAUAAAUGCAUGGAAUGUGGAAAGAGUUUCAGUGUGAGUGGACAUUUAAGUUCACAUCAAAGAACCCACACAGGAGAA